CCGAACACCCGAGAUCCUACACUGGCUCUGCUCUGUCGGGCUGGGCCGCACCAGGAAGGUCACCUUCCCUCUCAGAGCCCUGUGGCUGUCCAUCGCACACAGAGACUAGAGCUGAACUUCAUCACCCAGAGCCAGCGAGUCAUGGGCCACAUUUUCCACACCCUGACAUCUCUCAUUUAACCAGAAGACGUGGAGGGGAGCCACCGCCCCUGACCAUGUAGACACCACCUCCGGGAGCAGCAUGGGCCCCACUGGAUGGAGACUCCUGGGUCUACAGCCCUGAGCCCCUCCGGCCCCUGGACUUCACCCCACACCCGGGGACACCCCUUGGAGCUCACCACCACUGUCACCAGCCCGCCUCGGCCACCACCUCCCCUGGGGACCCGGAGUCGGCCACCUGGAGCCACAGCCGUCCAGUGAGGGUGUGCUGAGGACAGCCACACACAGCCCCCACCUGCAGCCUCUGGUCCAGUGCUGAGUCUCGGGCCUGCCCCGAGCAGGGGCUGUGGCAAACAUGGGUGACAUGACCAACAGCGACUUUUACUCCAAAAACCAAAGAAACGAGUCGAGCCAUGGGGGCGAGUUCGGGUGCACGAUGGAGGAGCUCCGCUCCCUCAUGGAGCUGCGGGGCACUGAGGCCGUGGUCAGGAUCAAGGAGACCUACGGGGACACCGAGGCCAUCUGCCGGCGCCUCAAGACCUCACCUGUCGAAGGCUUGCCGGGCACCGCUCCAGACCUGGAGAAGAGAAAGCAGAUUUUUGGGCAAAACUUUAUACCUCCAAAGAAGCCAAAAACCUUCCUGCAGCUCGUGUGGGAGGCGCUGCAGGACGUGACGCUCAUCAUCCUGGAAAUCGCCGCCAUCAUCUCCCUGGGGCUCUCCUUCUACCACCCGCCGGGCGAGAACAACGAAGGGUGUGCGACAGCCCAGGGCGGGGCGGAGGAUGAAGGCGAGGCAGAGGCGGGUUGGAUCGAGGGGGCUGCCAUCCUCCUCUCGGUCAUCUGCGUGGUCCUGGUCACAGCUUUCAAUGACUGGAGCAAAGAGAAACAGUUCCGGGGCCUGCAGAGCCGCAUCGAGCAGGAGCAGAAGUUCACCGUGGUCCGGGCUGGCCAGGUGGUGCAGAUCCCUGUGGCCGAGAUCGUGGUCGGGGACAUCGCCCAGGUCAAAUAUGGCGACCUCCUCCCAGCUGACGGCCUCUUCAUCCAGGGCAACGACCUCAAGAUCGACGAGAGCUCCCUGACGGGGGAGUCCGACCAGGUGCGCAAGUCCGUGGACAAGGACCCCAUGCUGCUGUCAGGGACCCACGUGAUGGAGGGCUCAGGACGGAUGGUGGUGACCGCUGUGGGUGUGAACUCUCAGACCGGCAUCAUCUUUACUCUGCUGGGAGCUGGUGGUGAAGAGGAAGAGAAGAAAGACAAAAAAGGUGUGAAGAAGGGGGAUGGCCUUCAGCUACCAGCGGCAGACGGUGCGGCGGCUUCAAAUGCCGCAGAUAGUGCAAAUGCCAGCCUGGUCAAUGGUAAGAUGCAGGAUGGGAAUGUGGACGCCAGCCAGAGCAAAGCCAAACAGCAGGACGGGGCAGCCGCCAUGGAGAUGCAGCCCCUGAAGAGCGCCGAGGGCGGUGAUGCCGAUGACAAGAAGAAGGCCAACAUGCACAAGAAGGAGAAGUCCGUGCUGCAGGGCAAGCUCACCAAGCUGGCUGUGCAGAUCGGCAAGGCGGGCCUGGUGAUGUCCGCUAUCACAGUGAUCAUCCUGGUGCUCUACUUCACCGUGGACACCUUCGUGGUCAACAAGAAGCCGUGGCUGCCCGAGUGCACCCCCGUCUAUGUGCAGUACUUCGUCAAGUUCUUCAUCAUCGGCGUGACGGUGCUGGUGGUCGCGGUGCCCGAGGGGCUCCCUCUGGCCGUCACCAUCUCGCUGGCCUACUCAGUGAAGAAAAUGAUGAAAGACAACAACCUGGUACGCCACCUGGACGCCUGCGAAACCAUGGGCAAUGCCACAGCUAUCUGCUCGGACAAGACGGGCACGCUCACCACCAACCGCAUGACGGUGGUGCAGGCCUACGUCGGCGACGUCCACUACAAGGAGAUCCCCGACCCCAGCUCCAUCAACGCCAAGACCAUGGAGCUGCUGGUCAACGCCAUCGCCAUCAACAGCGCCUACACCACCAAGAUCCUGCCCCCAGAGAAGGAGGGUGCCCUGCCUCGGCAGGUGGGCAACAAGACAGAGUGCGGUCUGCUGGGCUUCGUGCUGGACCUGAAGCAGGACUACGAGCCUGUGCGCAGCCAGAUGCCCGAGGAGAAGCUCUACAAAGUGUACACCUUCAACUCCGUGCGCAAGUCCAUGAGUACCGUCAUCAAGCUGCCCGACGAGAGCUUCCGCAUGUACAGCAAGGGCGCCUCUGAGAUCGUGCUCAAGAAGUGCUGCAAGAUCCUCAAUGGGGCGGGUGAGCCCCGCGUCUUCAGGCCCCGCGACCGGGACGAGAUGGUGAAGAAGGUGAUUGAGCCCAUGGCCUGCGAUGGGCUACGCACCAUCUGCGUGGCCUACAGGGACUUCCCUGGCAGCCCCGAGCCCGACUGGGACAACGAGAACGACAUCCUCAACGACCUCACCUGCAUCUGCGUGGUGGGCAUCGAGGACCCUGUGCGGCCUGAGGUCCCCGAAGCCAUCCGCAAGUGCCAGCGAGCGGGCAUCACCGUGCGCAUGGUCACUGGCGACAAUAUCAACACGGCCCGGGCCAUCGCCAUCAAGUGUGGCAUCAUCCACCCUGGGGAGGACUUUCUGUGCCUCGAAGGCAAGGAGUUCAACCGGAGGAUCCGCAACGAGAAGGGAGAGAUUGAGCAGGAGCGAAUCGACAAGAUCUGGCCGAAGCUGCGGGUGCUGGCUCGCUCCUCUCCCACGGACAAGCACACCCUGGUCAAAGGCAUCAUCGACAGCACCCACACCGAGCAGCGCCAGGUGGUGGCCGUGACGGGGGACGGGACCAAUGACGGGCCUGCGCUUAAGAAGGCCGACGUGGGCUUCGCCAUGGGCAUCGCGGGCACUGACGUGGCCAAGGAGGCCUCGGACAUCAUCCUGACGGACGACAACUUCAGCAGCAUCGUCAAGGCGGUGAUGUGGGGCCGCAACGUCUACGACAGCAUCUCCAAGUUCCUGCAGUUCCAGCUGACCGUCAACGUGGUGGCUGUGAUCGUGGCCUUCACGGGCGCCUGCAUCACGCAGGACUCCCCCCUGAAGGCCGUGCAGAUGCUCUGGGUGAACCUCAUCAUGGACACCUUCGCCUCGCUGGCGCUGGCCACUGAGCCGCCCACCGAGACCCUGCUGCUGAGGAAGCCAUACGGCCGCAACAAGCCCCUGAUCUCGCGGACCAUGAUGAAGAACAUCCUGGGCCACGCCGUCUACCAGCUCACCCUCAUCUUCACCCUGCUCUUCGUCGGCGAGAAGAUGUUCCAGAUCGACAGCGGCAGGAACGCGCCGCUGCACUCGCCGCCCUCGGAGCACUACACCAUCAUCUUCAACACCUUCGUCAUGAUGCAGCUCUUCAACGAGAUCAACGCCCGCAAGAUCCACGGCGAGCGCAACGUCUUCGACGGCAUCUUCCGGAACCCCAUCUUCUGCACCAUCGUGCUGGGCACCUUUGCCAUCCAGAUAGUGAUCGUGCAGUUCGGAGGGAAGCCGUUCAGCUGCUCUCCGCUGCAGCUGGACCAGUGGAUGUGGUGCAUUUUCAUCGGGUUAGGAGAGCUCGUCUGGGGCCAGGUCAUUGCCACCAUCCCGACCAGCAGGCUCAAGUUCCUCAAGGAGGCCGGCAGGCUCACGCAGAAGGAGGAGAUUCCGGAGGAGGAGCUCAACGAGGACGUGGAGGAGAUCGACCACGCGGAGCGGGAGCUGCGGCGGGGCCAGACUCUCUGGUUCCGGGGCCUGAAUCGGAUCCAAACUCAGAUCCGCGUCGUGAAGGCGUUCCGUAGCUCUCUCUAUGAAGGUUUAGAAAAGCCUGAGUCUCGAACCUCCAUCCAUAAUUUCAUGGCUCAUCCCGAAUUCCGGAUCGAAGAUUCCCAGCCCCACAUCCCCCUCAUCGACGACACCGACCUGGAAGAAGAUGCCGCGCUCAAACAGAACUCGAGCCCGCCGUCGUCCCUCAACAAGAACAACAGCGCCAUCGACAGCGGGAUCAACCUGACGACGGACACAAGCAAAUCAGCUACCUCUUCAAGUCCAGGGAGCCCCAUCCACAGCCUGGAGACGUCGCUUUAGCUAAGGACCCUGUGGCCCACCCACCUGCCGGCCCGCCGGCCCCCCACCCGCCCAGGCCCCCAUCUCACCCACGCAGCAACGAGCAACAACAGGAAACCAAAUACCGGAGAGAAAACCGACGUGUCCACCCACAGACCCUUUCUCUGGCUGCGAUGCUGUUUGAACUCUUUUUCACUCUGAGGCAAGGGGCGGGAUCUCUCUCUACUGGGGGCUGACGGGGAGUGAGCAGUUUGCCCAAAACAAGCCCUUCCUGGCUCCGCCCCGACAUGGACGAGCCAUGCACCCGCC